UGGGUGCGGCGCAGGCGCGGUUGCGGAGGGGCGCGCGGCCUCCCCCCGGCGCGAUGGCCGAGGAAAAAAUGGAAAUCGCCACUCCUCCAACAUCAAAGUGUAUUAUAUACUGGAAAAGAAAAGUCAAGUCUGAAUAUAUGCGUCUCCGGCAGCUCAAGAGGUUUCAGGCGAACAUGGGAGCUAAGGCUCUGUUUGUGGCCAACUUUGCAAAAGUUCAUGAAAAGACUCAAAUUCUGAACGAAGACUGGAAGAAGCUUCGAGUCCAGCCGGUGCAGUUGAUGAAGCCAGUCAGUGGGCAUCCGUUCCUAAAACAGUGCACUGUCGAGAGCAUUUUCCCAGGGUUCCCGAGCCAGACGCUGUACAUGAGGACCCUGAACACGGUGGCACUGGUGCCCAUCAUGUACUCCUGGUCCCCUCUUCAGCAGAAUUUCAUGGUGGAGGAUGAAACUGUUCUGUGCAAUAUCCCAUACAUGGGUGAUGAGGUGAAGGAAGAAGAUGAAACUUUUAUUGAAGAACUUAUUAAUAACUAUGAUGGGAAAGUUCAUGGAGAAGAAGAAAUGAUUUCAGGGUCAGUCCUCAUCAGCGAUGCUGUGUUCCUGGAGCUAGUGAAUGCCCUGAAUCAGUACUCGGACGAGGAAGAGGAAGGACACAAUGAUUCUGAGGUUAAGCAGGAGGAUGGGAAGGAGGAGCUGCCAGUCACAAGGAAAAGAAAGCGAAUUGCAGUGGAAGGUAACAAGAAGUGUUCAAAGAAGCGGUUUCCAAAUGACAUGAUAUUCACUGCUAUUUCUUCUAUGUUUCCUGAGUAUGGCUUCCCAGAUGAUAUGAAAGAGAGGUACCGGGAGCUCACGGAAGUGUCGGACCCGAACGCGCUGCCGCCGCAGUGCACCCCCAACAUAGACGGGCCGUGCGCGAAGUCGGUCCAACGGGAGCAGUCCCUGCACUCCUUCCACACCCUCUUCUGCCGCCGCUGCUUCAAAUACGACUGUUUUCUGCAUCCUUUUCAUGCUACUCCUAAUGUGUACAAACGAAAGAAUAGAGAGACCAAGAUCGAGCCAGAUCCUUGCGGAGCAGACUGUUUCCUCUGGCUGGAAGGAGCCAAGGAGUUUGCUGCGCUGCACAACCCCAGGUCCAAGUGCUCGGGCCGGCGCCGCCGGCGGCACCACGUGGUGGGUGCGUCCUGCUCAAACACCCCGGCGUCUGCCGUCGCCGAGACGAGGGAGGGCGACAGCGACCGAGACACGGGCAACGAGUGGGCCUCGAGCUCCUCGGAGGCAAACUCCCGCUGCCAGACCCCCACCAAGCAGAAGCUGAGCCCGGCCUCCUCGCAGCUGUUUGCGGUGGAGACGCCGCAGGAGCCCGUCGAGUGGACGGGAGCUGAGGAGUCGCUCUUCCGCGUCUUCCACGGGACCUACUUCAACAACUUCUGCUCCAUUGCCAGGCUGCUGGGAACAAAGACGUGCAAGCAGGUCUUUCAGUUUGCAGUGAAAGAAUCGCUUAUAACCAAACUGCCAACAAACGAAUUAAUGAAUCCAUCCCAGAAGAAGAAAAGGAAGCACAGGCUGUGGGCCGCGCACUGCAGGAAGAUUCAGCUGAAGAAAGAUAAUUCGCCUACCCAGGUGUACAACUACCAGCCCUGUGACCACCCCGAGCAUCCCUGUGACAGCUCCUGCCCUUGCAUCAUGACUCAGAAUUUCUGUGAGAAGUUCUGCCAGUGCAACCCUGACUGUCAGAACCGCUUCCCAGGCUGCCGCUGUAAAACCCAGUGCAACACCAAGCAGUGCCCGUGCUACCUGGCCGUGCGGGAGUGCGACCCGGACCUCUGCCUGACCUGCGGGGCUUCGGAGCACUGGGACUGCAAGGUGGUCUCCUGCAAGAACUGCAGCAUCCAGCGAGGUCUCAAAAAGCAUUUGCUGCUGGCACCGUCGGAUGUCGCCGGCUGGGGGACUUUCAUCAAGGAAUCCGUGCAGAAGAAUGAGUUCAUCUCCGAGUACUGUGGUGAGCUCAUCUCACAGGACGAGGCUGACCGGCGAGGGAAGGUCUAUGACAAGUACAUGUCCAGCUUCCUCUUCAACCUCAACAAUGAUUUUGUCGUUGAUGCCACCCGCAAAGGAAACAAAAUCCGCUUUGCCAAUCACUCGGUGAACCCCAAUUGCUAUGCCAAAGUUGUGAUGGUGAACGGAGACCACCGGAUAGGGAUCUUUGCCAAGAGGGCCAUCCAGGCGGGAGAGGAGCUCUUCUUCGAUUACAGGUACAGCCAGGCAGACGCCCUGAAGUACGUCGGCAUAGAGAGGGAGACUGAUAUCAUCUAGGCUGUGUGCGGGGCGGCCCCCAGCACACCUUGCUGCUGCACCUUGUAAGCAAUGCCAUGUUUGCUUCACGCUGACAUGACUGCUGCUGUUCCCGUCGCUGUGUGUGUCACAAGUGCUACUUUCCAUCCAGACGCCCAGAGAGAGACUCGGGGCAGGAGUGUGAGCGGCUGCUGCCGGGGUGGCAGCUUUGCCGGCCCUGGGCUGGGGCAGGCUCUGGAGCCUGGCUCUGCGGGCGGUCUCCGGGGCUGGAGGGAGCCCGUGGACCAAGGCAGCUGAGGCUUGAAGAAAAGCUGUGGUGCAGGAGGAGGGACAGCCGCGACUUCUCAGUCUCUUUCCAUUUUCUGGUGACUGCUGAAAGAACAAGAGCGAGGGAGGUACCACCUGCGCCGAGACCCAGGGCACGGUGGGGUGGACAGAGGGGCUGGUUGCUCCCCUUCAGCCCUGUCCCUUGGGAUCGCCUCUGUUCUCGGGUGCUACCUCUUGCUGCCUGUUUUGUCCUGUUGACGGGGACAGUGACGGGGUUGGAAGCCAUAGGGACGUGGCCACAGCGGUCCCUGCACCCAGGCUGCUGUUGCUGGGGCUGUUUCCCUUCUGCCCCAGCUGGCUGGGGGACAGAGACUGCCUGGCCGUGGUUGGUGUGGCGCGAUGCCUGGGGAUGGGGAGGGCAGCACUAUGCAAAAAGUCACUUUGGGUAGGGAUGCCACUGAGCUGGUUAGAGACAGUGUUAGGGGGGUGCUGCUGCAAGCACAGGAGGAGUCCAGAGGCAGCAGCAACCCCUGGGCCCUUCCAGCCCGCGGCGCUUUCUUGUGGCUGUGGGGUGAGUGGUUGGCUCGUGCCCGUCCCCAGCUGCGCUGGCCCUUCUGGGGCUGGGGGGGGGAUGCUUUGGGGCUGGGGGGGGGGGGUCCCACUGAGCGGCUGGGGCUGCGCCCUGGGCAGGGGACGGGCCUCAGCCCCCCUCAGCCCUUCCCGACCAGGCGCUACUGGAGCUGGUGCCUCCACCUCCUCUGUCAGGACGGUCCCUUUUGGAAUGGCCCGGGCUCUGGGGGGGGUGUUGGGGCACUUCAGGAGCCAGCAGAGCGGGUCCCCUUGGGGCAAGCGCCUUUCCUUGCACAGGACUUGCUGAAUGUUGCUGUGCUGAGGUUUGAACGGGGUGCAGCAGACCUGCCCCUGCCUGUGGGGACCUGGGGAAGGCUGCUCAGACACCCGACACGGGUCCUGGCCCUGGGGACGGAGGGGAAAUGUUCUCUGGCAGGGUGAGGUUUGGCCUUAGCACUCCAUGCAAAAAGAAAAAGAAAAAAGCACUUUAAUCCUUCUCAGCCGGCAGCUGGGGGCGGAGGGACCACAGAGAUCCCAGAAGGUUGUUGUCCCUCAGCAGCAUCUUUGCAGGGACUUUGCUCUGGGUCUGGGAUGGGGCAGUCUGGGUGGGGGGAUCCUCCCUGAGCGGGGCCUGGGGAGACCUGAGGGACGGGGCUGUGCCCUAGGAGCCACAGGCGCUGCUGCCGCCUGCCCGGCCUGAUGCUGGGUGCCAGAGGGUGCUGGGCCGGGCGCCCAGCACUGGGCUCCUGGGAUGGCAGGAGGACCCCGGCUGAGCCCUGACAUGGCACCGAGGGGCCUGGGGCCCCUCAGCCCCCCAAAGAGGGGCAGGGGUUGUCGGGGGGCACUGCACAGAGGGGAACAGCGCUGGGGCCCUUGCCCUGCUCUUUGGGGACCCGUGGGGCUCCCAAGCGCAGCCCCGUCCCAGCCCUGUGGUCUCCAAAGGCAGAAUGAUGCUGGGUCUGCCCCGGGAGCUGAGCCCUCCCUGGCACAGCCCUGCGCCGUGCCUUUCCCCGCCUCCCGCCGUGGCAGGGGAGGCUGUCGGUCCGUCCUUCCUGCUGUCCGUGAUGCCCUCCUGAGGCACGGAGGGGUUGGGGUCUGUCUGGAGCAGCGCUUGUACCCUGGCACCUGCCUGAGCCCCGCUCCCUGCUGCCUCCACCUGCCCAGCUCACCCCGACCCUGCUCUCAGCUCAGCAUUCUCUGCCCCUUUGGCCAUAUCUGCACUACGCCAGGCUUGUGUCUGUGGUUUGUUAAUGGUGAAUAAUAAUGCACUUUAAAAAUAACGUGGCUUGUAGCCUUUGUCAUAAUAAAGUGGUAGCCAACACCCUCCCACA